UGGUAAGGGAAAAGGAAGUUUGAGUUGUCUUGUUUCUAAGCAACGAGUGUAAACACAACUCUUCACCACUACUGGAAACAUAUAUUAAAGAGUUCACCUGAGGCGACUCAUCGGUUUGCAUUCACAGAAAGCAAAAGUAGGUCCACAGGUUGACAACGUUGUUAUUAUACGAUCCGCUCCUGCUGAAGCUGUAUAUGUGACUGUUACUCAGAUUUACUCGCUGCGUAAACAUGCAAACGGUGCCACACCAUCGAUUCACGCAGCAUUUCUGGGAAAAAGAGACCGUAUCAACAAAACUUCCAUACUUGCACAGAGAGGGCAUGAACAGACAGCGCAGUCCCUCAGGACCUCAUCACAGCUCCAGACCGCAAGCUCUAGAAAACCAAGAGGGAAGGAUGAGCUCCACGAGAGACAGACAACAACCCUGCCAACAUCCAGACAACAUCCAUACGAAGAGACACGUACAUCUGGAGGAGCAGACUGAAUACGUUCCUUCACGGAGAGAAUCGGACAAAUUAUUCCCUCUCAAACCAGUCCUUCACAAGAGAGCCUACAGCCUGAGCAACGUCACGAAACCAGAGCAGCAAGAGAGACUUUACUCCUGUUUAACUAAUAGACACCAGCAGAAGGUUGUAAGGAAACUAGACGCUCUUAAUUCAGACUAUCUAGGAAGAAACAAUCAGACAAAGAGCGACUUGGACCGUGAACAGAAGCUUGAGAAACAAAAAUGGCUGUCAAAGGAAAUCCACUCUGAGGAGACGAUGCUCCAGGAGAAGAUUUUCAAAGCAGAGGAGACUCUGAGAAGAGUCCAAAAAGAGAAGAUGAGAGAUGAGAGAAAUAAAAGAUAUUUGCGAAAGCUAAAGGAGGACAACAGGUUCUAUAGUAAUGGAUGCGGAGACUGGGAUGAGGAAAGAGACAGAUAUCACAGGGAAUUCAGAGAUGAUAUGGAAAGAUGGGAGGAAUGGGAGCGAGGGAUAAACGGUGGCCGGGUGGAGAGGAGCAAAGAAAGUGCAAAAUGGAGACGACCUUUGACCUUAGAGAUGACAAAGGGUCACAAGCUGGAGGAAAUGAGAGAGUGGGAUGAGUACGAACAGACAGCAAGAAGCAGGAACAGGGAAAUGAGUAAGGGGCGAAGAGAGGAGAAUGGGUGGGACAAUGUCAGAAGAGGAACUGAAACACACAACCUCUAUUUGCACAAUGAAGAUGAAGUUCACCACGACGUGAGAAAACCAAAUUCGUCUGACUCUGUGAGAAGGGACAGAUCUCACCUCAAGCAUGAGAGGAGAGAAAAUAAAGACGGUUUAUAUCAACUCACAUCGAAGGAGUCCGUCCCGGAGAGAAACCCCAGCCAGAGAGGAAAGCACCUGCAGCAGGUGGAGCUCAGUCUGGAGGAGAAUCGGGUCGCUCCGCACCUGCUGAUCCCGUGUAACGUGUGCCAUCGAUGCUUCGCACGAGACCGGCUGGAGACGCACAUGAGGGUGUGUGAGAGAAAGCGGCCCCAGCGCAAGAUAUUCGACAUGUCUCAGUACAGAGCCAAAGGAACAGACCUCGAGGACUUCAUGAAAACCAACGGCAGGAGCAAAACGCCACCUAAGAAGAAUAAUUGGCGGCAGAAACACGAGGCCUUCGUUCAAACCAUGCGUCAGGGUCAAGCUCACACUCCGGGAAGUGUGCCGCCACAGUCUGCCUCAAAUCUAAACUCAGAAUAUGUUAGCUGCCCUCACUGUGGCCGCAAAUUUGCCCCAGGGCCAUCAGAGAGACACAUCCCAAAGUGCCAGAACAUCAGGAGCAGACCACCGCCUCCCAAACAACCGCACAGCAGCAGCAGCAGCAGGAGGAGGAUCACACACUGACUUGUGCUUCAGCAAGACAUCUGCCGUUGAUGCUGCUCCGCUGAACUUUAGAGUAACAUUUAUAGUGUAAAAUAUCUUGCUGUUUGCUUAUUCAAAACAACGUUGUCUAGAACAUCUUAAAAAAUUACAUACAAAUGUUUUUUAAUAUAAAAAUAAUAUGUGAACACGGCAUUGCAACCAUUUAAGUUGUAUAUAUGAAUAUAGCCUUAGUGAUUUUAUUAAUUUUGGAAAAAUUCAAACACAAAGCUACAAACAAACUCAGUCAGAAGUAUUUAAAAACAAUGUAGGUAUAAAUUAUGUGGGUAUAAUGUGUCCAUUUUCAGUAAUUCUCCUGAAACUAAAUGUUAUUGACAGCAAACUGAUGUCUCACAUUAAAACAUCCAUUGGUAACGUUUUCAUAUCGUUUCUAUGUUUUACAAUUACAAAUUACAAUCUGUCAUUAGAGCUUUUACGGUAUAGUGCCACUUCACUAACCUACAGUUUAUGGGGUCAUAUAAUAGGUUAUUAUUUCAUUAAUUUCCCCAGCAGAAAGAAACACUGUAGGGCCUUUAGCCCUAUUAACUAAUUAUACUUUUGCGGCUCAUGAAAUGCAUUUAUGUCUCCUGUAGAGAUCACUUGUUUUCAGUGAAUCUCACAUCCCACUAUUUUAUUCCUACUGUGUCUUUAAAAGUAUAGGUAACACUUUAAGGUUCAAUUUUUGAGAUGUUAAUGUAAUGUUAAUUUAUGAAUAUGCCAUUUUUUAAAAUACAUGUGUGUUCAUAAUACAUUGUUGUGAUGUUAAUUACUAUGUAUGUUCAUUUAGAUAUCAUCCAUGGUUGUAUAACUCACUGGUCGCCAUCUACUGGUGUAAUGAUGUAACAGAAAGAGGAAGACAUCAGUAAAGAAAUGUUUUUGAG